AUGGAGGUGUCUGAUAUAAUUGCGGCAGGCAAGACACUGGGGCUUGCGGGACAGGAGCUUCGCGAAUGGGUGGAGACCGAACAGAAAAAGGCAGAUUCACGUGUACGGGAACAACGUGCAUUCGACAGGGACGCGGCAAAGGAAACGGCAGAGGCAGCCGCAAAAGCGGCUGAGCUAGAAAAAGCAAAAUUGGAGGAAGAGCGAAAAGUGCUGGAACUCAGACUGAAGCUCCAAGAAAGUCAGGGACCCCAGAGCCGAGGAACUAACGAUGGAGCGAGCAACGUAUUCCCGGCCUUUGGCAGCCCGCACCGAUGGAUGGCCGCGUUCGACGAAAAGAAGGACGACUUGGAUGCGUACCUUCUCCGGUUCGAGCGUCUCGCCACAGGUCAGCGAUGGCCGCGGGAGCAGUGGGCCGCAGCCCUAAGCAUGAGCCUCACGGGAGAGGCAUUAGCAGUAUUCGCGAGACUGACCCCAGACGAUUCAGUCGACUACACUAAAGUAAAGAACGCCCUGCUGCAACGAUUCCGACUGACUGCCGACGGGUUUAGGGAAAAGUUCCGAAGCAGUAAACCCGAAGAGGGUGAAACAGGCACCCAAUAUGCCGCAAGAAUUGGAAGUUUGUUCGAUCGGUGGGUCGAAUUGUCAAACACGAAGAAGGAAUACCCGAGCUUGCGAGAGAUGCUCAUCAUGGAGCAAUUCGUGAAGGGAUGCCAACCAAAGCUAGCACUUUUCCUGAAGGAAAGAACGGGAGGAUCCCUAGAAGAAAUGGCAGCGCUUGCCGAUCGCUUUAUGGAAGCUCAAGGGCAGAUGCACCUUGGAAAACCCAAGCUGGAAGAAAAAAGACAGGAUGAGCAACCAGGCCCGAGGCCCAAUGGGAAAAGCCCGGCCGACAGGAGAAACCAGCCGAGAUGUUAUUUGUGUGAUAGGUUGGGUCACCGAGCUUCGGAAUGUCGCAGCAGCAACACGCGCAACCAGAAGACAGCCGUCACCUGUGGAAGGUGCGGGAAGAGAGGCCACCUGUCGGAGCAGUGUUGGAGCAAGACACAGGAGAAGAAUCAAGCCGCCUGCGUGGUCGCGGUACAACCUGAUGAAAGCGAGAUGGCACACUCACUGACGAAGGGUUACGUCGAGCUGAAGGAUGGGCAGAAGAUACCCGUCGUCAACGCCAUGAUGGCAACAGAAAACCAGACCUUGCUCAAGGGGAUGCCAGUUAGAAGAGGCAAGAUAAAGGGGCAGGAGAUAUCUGUCUUGCGGGACACGGGCAGCAACACCGUGGUCGUUCGCAAAAGCCUAGUGUCCGAGGACGAAAUGACAGGCACGAAGAGCCCUGUAUACCUUGUGGAUGGAACCAUCAGAGUUCUGCCGGAGGCCAUCAUAGUAGUGCAAACGCCCUUCUACUGCGGAGCAGUGGUGGCAAAAUGCAUGGAAGAACCGCUUUACGACCUUAUACUGGGCAAUAUUUGUAACGUGCGGGAAGCUGACAACCCAAUAGAAGAUUGGGAAGAGGAGAUGACAUGGGAGCAGACCGCGAGGCAACGGGAGGAUUCGCCGUCGGAACACAAUAGUGAAACCGAGGUCGUUGCAGCCAUGGAAACGCGAAGCCAAAGGAGAAGACGCGGCAGGCGACACGCAGCGAGACUGCCGCGACUCCCAGCACCGACAGCUGACGGCGAAGCACCGACAACAGAAGAAAUAGUUAAUGAGCAAGCGGACGACCCCAGUCUGAAGUGCUGUUUCAGCCAAGUUGGCAAACGGCUACCGUGCCGGAAUGAGGCACAAGAGUUCGAAUUUCGAGUACACAAGGGGCUUCUCUAUCGACAUUACUUUCCGACAGUUGGCGGGGAGGUCGAACAGCUGGUAUUGCCGAGCAGAUACCGAAACACGGUCCUUCAAAUCGCCCAUGAGGGUAUUAUGGCAGGACACAUGGGAGUCAAGAAAACCAUGGACCGCAUCCUGGAGGAGUUUUUCUGGCCGGGCAUGCAAGCAGAAGUGCAGCGUUUCGUUCGGUCCUGCGACAUCUGCCAAAGAACCACGCCCAAGGGACGGGUUGGAAAGGUACCGCUCGGUCAAGUGCCUACCAUCGACACCCCUUUCCGCCGAGUGGCAGUGGAUAUCAUCGGACCCAUCUCCCCACCGUCAUCAAGGGGCAACCGCUACGUUCUCACCAUGGUGGACUACGCUACCAGAUUUCCGGAUGCCGUGGCAUUGCCCAGCAUCGAGACGGAGCGCGUGGCGGAAGCCCUUGUGGAGAUGUUUGCAAGGACUGGGAUACCGAGCGAAGUGCUGAGUGACAGGGGCACUAACUUCACCUCCGACGUGAUGAAGGAGGUAGGCCGGCUCCUCUCGCUCAAGCAGCUUCACACGACGCCCUAUCACCCUAUGGGGAACGGCCUUGUAGAAAGGUUUAACGGUACCCUCAAAACGAUGUUAAAGAGGAUGUGUCAAGAAAGGCCAAAAGAUUGGGACCGUUACCUGGCGCCAGUUCUAUUUGCCUACCGGGAAGUGCCGCAGGCCAGCUUGGGGUUCUCGCCGUUCGAGCUUAUUUACGGACGACACGUGCGGGGCCCCUUAUCCGUGCUCAAGGAGUUAUGGACUAAUGAGGCCAUCGAGGGCGAAAUAAAGACCACCUACCAGUACGUGAUGGACCUCCGAAACCGUCUCGAAGAGACAUGCAAGCUCGCCCAUCAAGAGCUACAGAACGCAAGCAAUAGGUACAAAGGGUACUACAACAAACGAAGCCGCGCACGGAAGCUAAACCCAGGAGAUCAGGUGCUCAUUCUGCUCCCGACGGACCAGAACAAGCUGAUAAUGCAGUGGAGAGGCCCUUUCCCAGUUGUGAGUCACAGGAACGAAGUGGACUACGAGAUAGAUCUCGGCCACCGUACACGACUGUUUCAUAUAAACAUGCUCAAGAAGUACGAGGAGAGACCAACGGCAACAGCUGAACCAGGCGGGCAGGCCGUAUGCGCAGUGGUGACAAUGAGUGAGACGGACGGAGAACCAGGCCUACAGGUGCUCUCACUCCAACAAAAGGAGACGUUCCGAGACGUGUCGCUCUCCUCUGAUUUGAGCGAAAAACAAAAAGAACAAGUAAGGGAAGUGCUAGAUGCCCGCAGGGCUAUUUUUUCGGACGCGCCAGGGAAAACGGAUCUGAUACGAUGCGACCUGAAAUUAACGACCGAAAAGCCCAUCAACACGAAGCAGUACCCGCUGCCAUUUGCGGUACGGGAAGCCGUCGAAGAAGAAGUGCAGGCAAUGUUGCGUAUGGGCAUAGUAGAGAGAUCGGACUCCGCUUAUAAUUCCCCGCUACUGGUCGUGAGAAAGCCUGAUAAGACCCACCGGGUGUGUAUUGACUUUCGGAGGCUUAACGAUCAUCUGACGCAAGAUUCAGAACCUAUCCCGAGAGCUGAUGAAUUGUUUGCAACAGUCGGAACUAAACGGUACUUCACAAAACUAGAUUUUUCGAAGGGAUACUGGCAGAUCCCGCUGACACAAGAUUCCAAAGAGAAAACAGCAUUUUCUACGGAAUCCGGGUUGUACCAGUUUAAAUAUAUGCCUUUCGGCAUCAAGACGGCGCCAGCGAUAUUCACACGCCUCAUGCGCAAGCUCAUUGGGGACAUUCCUGACGUAGUCCAUUAUUACGACGAUGUACUGAUCGCCAGCAACUCGUGGGAAGACCAUCUCACCACUUUGAGCCAAGUAUUCCAGAGGAUCAAAUCUGCGGGCCUGACCGUGCGCCCAACUAAGUGCGAAAUCGGGGCACAGGAAGUAUCAUUCCUGGGCCACCGACUCGCUAACGGCACCCUCGCACCCCUCCAAAAGACACUUGAGAGGGUCCUCGACGCCAACCGGCCAGAGACAAUACGACAAGUGAGAUCCUUCCUCGGGUUAGCCGGUUAUUACCGGGAAUUUAUCCCCGACUACGCGAAAGUCGCAGCCCCCCUCACCGACCUCACAAAGAAAGGCAAAGGAAACCGCGUGGCAUGGGGUCCGGAGCAAGAAGAAGCGUUUAACGAGUUGAAGAAGCUACUCUCGAGCGCACCUAUACUGAAGCUGCCGGAUUUUACACGGCCUUUUGUUAUUCGCACAGACGCCUCCGACCGCAGCCUUGGGGCAAUUCUCCUGCAAGAGGAGAACGGUGUCCUGCACCCGGUAUCUUACGCGAGCCGGAAGCUCCUGCCUCGCGAGGCCGCCUAUUCCACAGUGGAACGGGAGGGAUUAGCAUUGGUGUGGGGUAUAGACAGGUACAAGACGUACCUGUACGGUCGGCACUUCACAGUGCAAACAGACCACCAGCCGUUGCAAUACCUUAAAAAACAAAAGCAUCUCAAUAGCCGCCUCCUCAGAUGGAGCCUUAUGUUGCAGGAACACUCGUUCCGGGUGGAAUACAUAAAGGGUAGCGAGAACGUAGGCGCCGACUACCUAAGCCGCAUUUAG